AAGAUGGCCGCCCCCGUGCCGCGGUGCUGAGCCCCGCCGCGCUCGCCGGCGCCCCGGGACGCGCGUCCCGUCUGCCGCUGCCCGCCCCCGGAGCGCAGCCCGCCGAGCAGCCCUCGGCCCGCCCGUGUGCCAGGGAGCCGCGAUGGGCCGGCCGCGGUGCCCGCCGCAGGGAGCGCGGGGCCCGCGGGGGUAAAGGCGUGAGGGAGGCCCCGGGCCCGCUCCCCGCCGGUCCCUCGGUCCUCCCCGGGCCGCGCCACCGAGCCCGCCCGGGGCCGCUGUCCGCGCCGGGCCAAGGCGCUGCGUGCCCCGGCUCCGUCCUUACCCGCCCGCCGGGGAGCGCCGUCCCCCGCUGCCCGCGGCCUGUGGUCACCCCUCCGGCCGGAGGGACCCCCGGCCCCGCUGGGUGCCGGGCUGGACAUCGCUGCGCCCGCGCUGCCCGCCGCUCCCCCGCCCAUGGAGUCUGAGAUGCUGCAGUCGCCUCUCCUGGGGCUCGGCGAGGAGGAUGAGUCCGACCUGACSGACUGGAACUUGCCCCUGGCCUUUAUGAAGAAAAGGCACUGCGAGAAGAUCGAGGGCUCCAARUCUUUGGCUCAGAGCUGGAGGAUGAAGGACCGGAUGAAGACAGUCAGUGUUGCCUUAGUUUUGUGCCUCAACGUUGGCGUGGACCCCCCAGAUGUGGUGAAAACAACUCCCUGUGCCCGCCUGGAAUGUUGGAUUGAUCCUCUGUCCAUGGGGCCUCAGAAAGCUCUGGAGACCAUCGGGGCCAACCUGCAGAAGCAGUAYGAGAAUUGGCAGCCCAGGGUGAGUGUUGGGUGUUCUGUGCCUCUAAACUGGGCAUUCACUGCUCUCCUGGUGGAGCCUUUACUCCUCUGAGCCUCUCUCUGCUUU